AUGGCCAUACCAAAUCAUCCGUCGAACAUCAAGCCUUACAUGGCCGCCAUGCUAUUCGACCAGACUCACAUGCCAACACUAGGCAGAAGAAAUAUGGGCCUUGGCAGUGCCUUCUUCCCGAGUGGCUCAAGACCGCCCAUGCACAUGAUGAACCGCUUAUAUCCCAGCAUGGCCGCUCACGGGGCAUCGAACUCUCCGUUCGGCGCUGGGCAAUAUCCCUAUCCUCACGAUCCCGUCGUCCCCAGCCCUUGGGCGAUGCAACCACCACCCAUGAUGGGUCCUGGCUUCCCCGGGCCAAGUCCCGGAGGAAUGCCGCCUCUACCACCUCCACCGCCAUUCAUGCCCGGUCCUACAAUGGGCCCACCAGGAGCGGGCAUGUUUCCACCUGGCAUGAUGGGUGGAGGCGGACCCGGUUUUGGAGGCCCUAUGGCACCUCCAAUGGGUGGACUACCAAUGGGCGGACUACCACCUGGAAUGGGCGGCACACCUGAUUUCGGCAGUAUGUCGUUUCCAACGCCAUCCUACGCCGGCAGCAGCGUCUUUAGUUCUUCCGAUGGCGACUACGAUGACGACGACAGUAGCAGCGGCCUCUGGGGUCCCGAUCCAGACGAAGACGAUCCGCUCGUGUACUUCCACCGUGCAUCGAAGAAGGGGACAAGGAAAGGCAAGAAUAAAGCUCAUCCCAUGAGAUAUGGCUGGCAGGUCGACUUACCCUUCGACUUCACCUUCGGUCGACUACCAGAUAAGAGUUGGAAGAAGACUUGGGGGUGGUAG